CUCUUCACAGCUUCUGAUGCCUGUGGAGCAAGAAGUCUUAGGUCCCAGAAGAUCAGGUGCUGAAACAGAGGCAAUUCUAAUGGAGUUGUCACCAGCUCCCACGAUAACCUCAUCUCCAGAAAGGGCUGAGGAUUCAGAUGUUCUAACUGCUGUGAGCAGUCAUCUGGAGGGCUCCCCUAUGGAUACCAGCAGCCUGGCAUCCUGCAACCUGGAGGAGGGAGUUGGGGACAGUGCAAUAUCCAGCAGCAUAGAGCCACUUGGGAUAGACACCACUGCUCCUGUGGAUAUUCCUCAGCCUACUACAGAAACACAGGGCAGUGGAGAUGGGCCAAGCGAAUCCCAGCAACAGACUGAAGACAGCUCCCCCCCAGCUUCAUCCUCUGAAAGUUCCUCCACUCGAGAUUCUGCUGUAGCCAUUUCUGGUGCAGAUUCCAGGGAUAACCUGGAAGAGCCACUGCCUUCAACAAGCAGUGAGGAAGAAGAUCCUCUUGCAGGUGAGAGCUCAGUGAUGUCAUGUAUUUUCAGAUGAUGUUAGGGAGUGUCC